UUUUCAGGUGAGAAGUUGAUGUUUUGAUCUGUUGCCCCAGUUCUAUGUUGCAAUCGUGCUGAAAUGCCAGGACAGAGUGGUAGUGAUACAGCAGUAGAUACUGCUGUGCCAGUGGCAAAUGGAGCUGCUGGAGAAAAGGGCUGUUGCUCAAGUGAACAUGAUAAAAUGGACAAGAAGAAAGAAGAUACUACAAAUGACAAAUCAGAGACUUCAGGAGCAGGAAGUGUGAAUGGCAAGGUGGUGGAUAAGUCUCCUUCAAAAAAGGAAAUGGAUCGAGCAACAGAGGCAAUGAAUCAACUGCUGCAAGGAAAAAGGCAUUUGCUGGUUCAGGACAUCCCAUCAGCAGUGAAUUCCCUCCAAGAGGCAUGCAAACUUUAUGUGGAGCAAUUUGGAGAGACAGCCAAUGAGUGUGGGGAAGCUUAUUUUCACUAUGGAAGGGCCCUUCUGGAGAUGUCCCGAAUAGAAUCAGGAGUUCUUGGGAAUGCUCUUGAUGGUGGCAGCCUGGACAGCGGAUCAGAUUUAGAUGAUUCUCAAAUAUCUAAUGGAGAGGGGCUAACAGAAAAGGAAAGACAAGAGAUAGCUGAGAAAGUAGAUGAAGCAUUGAAAGAAAACUUGUGCGUCUUGGAGGGAGAGGCAGUGACUAAUGGGAAGAACGCUGUAGGGGAAGGGAACCUAGGGGAAGGUGCUGAGGCUGAUCCUGGACCUACACAGCACUCUGAAGGUGCUGACCAAAGUGAGAAGUCUGAGGAAGAGUCAGAUGAAGAUGGUGAAGAGGGUGGUAGUGGUGAAGGGCCUGCCGAAGAGGGUGGUGAUGAAGAGGAGGGUGAAAGCAGUGAUGAGGCCAACCGGGAAGAGACCACUGGUGGACAAGCUGAUUCUAGUCAUGAAAUGAGGCUGAAACUGUCUCAAGCUUUGGAGUAUCUCGGUGAAGUGGGUUUAGAAACGGGGAAUUUCAACCAGAGCAUAGAUGAUUUCAACAAGUGUUUGAGCAUCCAAAGGGAACUCCUUGAUGCACAUGAUAGAGCUAUUGCUGAGACUUAUUACCAACUUGGGAAUGCACACCUCCUCAACGAUCAAUUUGAGCGAGCAGUUGAGCAGUUCCAGAAUGCAAUAAAUGUCAUUCAAGACCGAAUCACCUUCCUCAAAAAGAAGAUAGAGAACCGUGGGAAAGAAGGUGAAGAGACCCAUGAGGAGAAUCCAGAUGCAUUCUACACAGAAGAGGGUGAGAUCAAGCAGCUGGAGGAGCUAAUUCCAGAUAUCUUAGAUAAGAUUGGUGACACCAGGGCUUCCCAGGCUGAGAAGCGUCGUCGUCUGGCCCAAGAUGAGCCCGGUGUUCCUGGUCCAUCUACAUCAUCAUCAGUAUCUUCUUCAGUAUCUUCUUCCUGCUCACCUUCCAAAGUGAAGAGCUGUGAAUCUCAAGGGGAGACUGAGAAGAAAGCCACUGAUAUAUCCCAUUUGGUUCGAAAGAAGAGGAAGCAAGAGGAUGAAGGAAGCCCAGGAUCGGCUCAGGAAAAAAAGGUGCACCGCUCAGAGGUCCCAUCUCCUCUAGCUACUUCCCACUCCCCAGAUGCAUCCAAGCACACACAUCUUCAACCAAUUGUUUCUGUUUGGUCCAGGAGGAUGACGUCUAUGCCAGGUGCUUUAUUAUCAUGGGAUUUUACCAAGGUCACACCUGAGGACAUCAAAAGUCGUACGAAGACUUUGAUUGAGGCUACAACAGCCUUGGUAGACUCUGUAGGACAACUGCGGGAAGAUGAACUUUCCUUUGCAACUGUCAUUCAGCCCCUUGCUGAAGCAGAGUGUAUCCAGCAGACAGAAGGUUCAUUCCUGGAUUUCCCUCAGCAUGCAGCAACUGAUAAAAGCCUUCGAGAUGCUUCAACUGAAGCUGAGAAGGAGUUGGAGGACUUUCGUGUGGAGAUGAGCAUGCGAAAGGAUGUAUUUGAGAAGCUUGUCCAGUUCCAGAAGGCUGGGGACACAAAGAAUUUUAGCCCCGAGGGCAACCGCCUCUUGCAACGUCUUAUCAAAAUGGGAGAACGCAAUGGGCUACACUUACCUGAUGAGGUCCAGGAGAAGAUCAAGACAAUUAAGAAGCGUAUCAGUGAAUUAUGCAUUGAUUUCCAGAAGAAUCUAAAUGAAGACAAUACAUUCCUCCUCUUCUCAAGAGAAGAACUUCUUGGCAUGCCAGAUGACUUCCUCGAUUCACUGGAAAAGGAUGAAGACGGAAAGCUGAAAGUAACAAUGAAGUAUCCCCACUUUUUCCCUGUCACUCGCAAGUGCAAGUUACCAGAAACCCGAAGGAAAGUGGAAACUGCAUAUCAAUCCAGGUGCUUGAAGGUGAACACAUUGAACCUAGAAGAGCUCAUCAAGUUGAGGCAGCAACAGGCCGAUAUUCUUGGAUAUGCAAAUCAUGCUGCAUAUGUCCAAGAGAUGAGGAUGGCAAAGGAUCCUAAGACAGUCGAGGAAUUCCUCAAUGAGCUGUCUGAAAAGCUUCAGCCACUCUGGCAGAAGGAGAAACAGGUCCUCCUGCACCUUAAGGAGCAAGAGAAUGGGAUGACUCCUAUAGGCUGUCACAGGCCCCAGUGCAUGGCAUCAUCAGGAAACUGUCUCAGUUUCUCCUCUUUACCUUUGCAGUGCAAAGAGAAUGGAUGGGAAUAUAAUGGAACCCUGAACUUCUGGGAUAUGCGGUACUACACAAAUAUGGUAGAAGAAAAGGAAUACUCAGUGGAUCAGCAAGCCCUAAAGGAGUAUUUCCCUCUGGAGAGGUAUCGGGUGAAUGAUAAGGAUACUGGAGAGCUCCUGGGAUAUUUUUACUUGGACCUCUUUCCCCGGGAAGGGAAAUAUGGGCAUGCUGCUGUUUUUACUCUGCAACCUGGGUGUGUGGUCUCUUACAACUCAGAUCAGAAAGAGGGAAAGAAGAGACAAGUUUGCAUUGCAGCCAUGAUGGCGAAUUUCACUAAGCCAACAGCAUCCAAACCAUCUCUCCUUGAUCACAAAGAGGUGGAGACUUAUUUCCAUGAGUUUGGCCAUGUGAUGCAUACUAUCUGCGCCAAAGCUGAGUUUGCCCUGUUUGCUGGUUGUCACACAGAACAGGAUUUUGUGGAAGCCCCUAGUCAAAUGCUGGAAAACUGGGUGUGGGAAAAUGAAGCCCUUGUUCGUAUGUCUGGACACCAUGUGAACAAGUCCAGCCUCCCAGAGGAUAUGAUGGAACAGCUGGUAAAGUCUCGAAAGGCAAAUGCAGGUGCAUUCAACUUGCGUCAAAUCGUCCUUGCAACAUUUGACCAGUUAUGUCACACAAGAGCUGAAGCUGACACCCAGAGCCUCUUCAGGGAAACAUAUCAAAAUGUAAUGGGAAUUGCUACCAUUCCUGACACCAACAUGCCUGCCAACUUUGGACAUCUUGCAGGAGGCUAUGAUGCCCAGUAUUAUGGAUAUCUGUGGAGUGAGGUGUUCAGCAUGGAUAUGUUCGAGUCAAAAUUCAAGUUGGAAGGGAUCAUGAAUCCCAAAGUGGGAAUGGAGUAUCGCAAGCUUAUCUUGGAACCCGGUGGAACCAGAGAUGGAUGGGACAUGCUUAAAGACUUCCUUGGUCGAAAACCCACACCAGAGGCCUUCCUUCGUAGCAAGGGCUUGGUUAAG